CUCCCGCUCCUCCGUGUCGCGCUCAGGCCUCGCUCCCCGACAAACAGCCUCUUCAGACGCGUUCACUGUGACGGGUUUGUUGUGAAGUGACGGAUGGUGAACUUCCCCGUGGACUCUCUGAUGAACUGUAGCUGCUGUGCUUAUCAGACACGACAUAAAGAGCCGAGUUUCCUCGAAGCUAUCAUGCUGAACACCGAGGAAAGUUCCUGGUUAGCGGGGUCUCGGUUACCCAGCUCACACCCUCAGGCUCCGGGGCCUCUGUGGUGCUCCGAUGCCCCUCACCCACAACUAAAGAUCCCGGGUGGGCGAGGGACUGUAAGGGAUCACUGUCUCGGCGUGCUACUACACAAGGAUGAGAAGCUGACAGUGACACAGAGAGCUACGGUGAGUGGGAACCCCUCUCUUCUCCACUUCCACUACCAGCUGAGUGAGCGCCACUCGGCCUCCUGGGAUACAGCUCUAUCUGAGGACAGCCUUUUCCUGGAGAUUCCUGCCGGGCUGCUGGCCGAGGGGAGCAAGGAGGGGCUAACUGCCCUGCUCGAGUUUGCGGAAGAGAAGCUCAAAGUUAACUAUGUGUUCCUGUGGUUCCAUAAAAACAGAGAGGAUCGAUUGUCCGUCAUCAAGACCUUCCACUACAUGGGCUUUGAGAUAGUGAAGCCGGGCAACCCCAUGGUACCAGCCCGGCCCGAUCUGGCCUUCAUGGUUUACUCUCUGGAGAACAGCAGCUCCGAUGAGGAGUGACCUGACACCUCCAUCGCCGCCCCCCCCCCCCCCCCCCCCCCCCCCACAAAAAAAAAAGAAUCAUGCCCCUCUAACCCUUCGCUUGCUUGAACAAUCAACAAUCAACCACCUCAGCUCUCUUGCUCUGACACAAACCCAGCCCUCCACCUCAGAGAUCCGUCAUCGCUCACUGGGAGGUUUCUCCCUUUUCCUUUACAGACUUGUGAUUUAAGGGGGUGUUGAGGAGAAGUAUGAUUUCCAUGUGACGCCCACGCCCUCGCCUCCUCUUUGUCCCUUUCCCUGAGGAUAACUGCAGGAAUGGUGAAGGUUGAACUAAGUUGUCACAUGCACUGUGGGAUUUGGGUUUUUCUUUUUUUGUGCUUGGUGGUUCCUUUGUUGGCCACAUUAUUUGUUUGUGCUGCCACUGACAAGACAAAGAACUGUUAGAAAUUCAGGAGGAGGUGGUGUUUUACAUUAAAAUUCAGCAUAUCUCUCAUCUGACAGCUUUCUACCUUUUUAUAAGAUAAGACUUUGGUUUGUCUUUGCGUGCUAUAUAUCAUGCAAACUGUAUUAGACGGGGUAAAGGGAGGGAAUUGAGGGUUGGAUAAUAAAAUGUUUAGCAUUAUAAUA